AUGAAAGAGGUUGAUUCAAAAGCUCCUGAAAGAUCGUCUAUGCAAGAAUUAAAAGAUGAAGAUGAGUGGACUGACAAGGAAAUCAAAGCUAGUGAAGGAAAUCACAAAGCUUUGAAUGCUCUUUACGCAUCAAUGAGCAUAGAUGAAAAGAAAAGAGUUCAGAAUUGCGUUACCGCCAAACAGGCUUGGGAGAUGGAGCUGGAUGAGGAUGAAAGACCAAAAAGUAAGAAUUCAAAAAAUAUCGCCUUAAAGGUUACUGAACCCUCAAAAUCAAAGUCUGAGGAUUCUGAACAUGAUGAAAUAUUAUUUGAUAAUUUCUCUCAAAGGAAGUAUGAGUAUGGAAGUAGUAGUAACAACAAUAAGAAAUGUUAUACUUGUGGUGGCAUUGGCCACAUUGCUACUGAUUGUGGAAAUAAAAAGACUGAUUCAGGUAACAAGGCUUACAAGACAUCUUGGAGUGACGAUGAUGAUAGCUCCACAAAAAGGGACAAAGCAUUUGCUCUUGUAUCUUCUUUUUCGUUAGAUUAUGCAAGUUUUGAAACUGAGGGUCAAGAAGAAGAUGAAGACAAUAGCUAUGAAGAUAAUGAAAUGUUUGAAUAUCAAGCAAGAGUUUUGCUUGAUGGAACGAAUACCAAGGUUGAAAAGUUUCAACAUAGUUCGAAAUCACUAUCUGAUAUUCUGAGUUCAGGAAAAAGUUAUAACGAUCGAACUGGACUUGGAUAUACUGGUUCAAAGGAAUGUGAGAAAUACAUUGAAGAACAUGUAGAAUCGGAAAAUCUUCAGACCUCAUUCAAAUCAAAUAUUGUCAACUCGAAUGAUAGGUAUGAGGAAGAUAUUCAAGAUAUUCAAAGUAAGUUGAAAGAGCAUAGUCAGCUUUUACUUGAUAUCUCUCGUUUUGUUAGUUUGUCUAAAUCUUAUAAAGAAUCUAAACAGGAUGCAGACAUGGUUAGGAGACAUUCAGAUUAUGAAUCGAAUGAUAUUAAGGUUGCGUGUAAUGUUGCUAUUACUGCGUUAUCUGCUAGACAGGAGGACACUUGGUAUAUUGAUAGUGGUUGUUCUAGACACAUGUGUGGUAACAAACAUUGGUUUUCUGACUUAGAAGAAUCAGGUGUGACAGGUGCUGUUACCUUUGGAGACGGGAAGAAAGCAAAAAUUAGAGGGAAAGGCUCAAUCAGAUCUCAGGAUCUUAACUGCUUAAAUAAUGUUCUUUAUGUUGAAGGUUUAUCUAAUAACCUUAUUAGUGUUAGUCAAUUAGUUGAUGAGUAUGAAGAUGUCUGGUUUAACAAACGUCGUUGUGUGGUUUUUGACAAAGAUGGUACAGUUGUGAUGGGAGGGGUUAGAUCAGGAGAUAAUUAUUAUCAUGUUGCAUCUAAUUUAAAAUCUGAUAACUCGGAAUCGUGUUUCAGGACUAGCUCAGUUGAGGAAACCAUGGAGCUUUGA